AUGGUGGAAGCAGGCAACCAUCUGCAAGUGCAGGUUGGUCAGUUAAGGGAAGAUUCUAACAAGACCAACAAUGCCGAGUUAAAAUUAUUCUUGGAAGUGGACUUUGGCCUGAUUGAAGAUGGGGAUAUUAUAUGCUUUCAGAAGAACGCUUCUCCUGAAGUUGAAGAACAAGUCCGAUUUCCAGACGUUCCUUCAUAUCUGGAGUAUGUAAAAAAUCGCCAGAUUGUACAUUUCAGAGCGCUGGAAAAACCGAAGGAAGAAGAUUUCUGUUUGGAGUUAGCAAAAAGUGAUACAUCAGUCUUUCUUUGGAAGCGCACACUGAUUGAGGAAAGAAUUUUUCUCCUCUAAUUUGAUUCUGCAGUUUAUUCUUUCCUUUUGGUUUGUU